CGUUGGAUCCAGACGAGCGAGAGGGAGAAGGGCCAGCGAGGGCGAGCGAUGGCAACCAAGAAGGCGGCGUGCGCGGAUGCGCCCAAAAGGAGCCGGAGCCGGAGCCGGAGCCCCGUCGUGCUGGAGGCGGAGAUGUUCACCGAAUUUCAGGACUGGUGCCUCCGCACCUACGGAGACUCUGGCAAAACAAAGACCGUCACCCGCCGGAAAUACAACAAAAUCAUGCAGACGUUGUUGCACAGCGACGAGUCGGACGGCGUGUACGUCGACAACAGCCACAUUAACGCCAAAUUCAAAUUCUGGGUGAAGUCCAAAGGAUUUCAGGUGGGGACCAACGUUUUGGGAGAGCACAACAAGAAAGGAGCCCCGGGGAAGCCCGUGCUGUACGUCCCGGUCAAGUCAACGUGUUCGGACGGCAAUUCAGCCCAGGACAACUCGUCCCUGAAGCGAGUGGCCGUGGUGGAGGACUUCUUCGACAUCAUCUACGCCAUGCACGUCGAGAUCGGCGCCGACCCCGGCAGAGCGCCCAAGCACGCCGGACAAAAGAAGACCUACAAAGCGAUCGCGGAGACGUACGCCUUCCUGCCACGCGAGGCCGUGACUCGCUUCCUAAUGAGCUGCGGCGAGUGCCAGAAGAGGAUGCACAUCAACCCCAGCGCGGCGGAGUUCAAAGAAAAUGACCGCCCGACCUCGCUCGUCCCGGACCUGAUUGACUACAACAUGCCCUUGACUGCCACCUACCUGAAGCAAAUGAAACUGCAGUGCAUGACCGCCACCGAAAGGGAUGACUCGUCGGUGAGCAGCGAGGACAUGAACGGCGCCGAGCCCGCGUGGGUCGCGGCCGAGCGUCCGCCGGCGCCCGAGCCCAGUCCUCCCAACGGGGCGAGGGUCUGCAACCCGCCGGCCGCCGUCAAAGAAGAGGACGCAGACGACAACUCCUCGGAGAGCGGCAGCGGCAACGGGAUGCCGGCCGCGACCUCGCCGGAGGUGCCGCCCGCGGGCGCCGACCCCCCGGAGAACCGCAACGGCCCGAGCGCCCCCCUGGACUUCAGCGCCGCCUUGUCGUCGUCCUCCUCGGACGACCAGCAGCCGGUCAACCUGAGCGAGCGCCUGCUGCCCGCGGGCUGUUCGCCGCCGAACUCCUUCCAGGCCGACCCCGGCAGGAAGUACCCCAUCAAAACUGAGUACGCCAAGUCGCCCCCGUACAGCUCAGGAAGUUACGACUCCGUCAAGACCGAACUGAGCAUGUGCGCCGAGGACCUGACCUCCGGCCGGGCGCAGAUCGUCGACGACGACGACGACGAUCACGACGACCACGACGACGGCGAUAAGAUCAACGACGCUGAGGGGAUGGAUCCGGAGAGACUGAAAGCCUUCAACAUGUUCGUGCGCCUGUUCGUGGACGAGAACCUGGACCGCAUGGUGCCCAUCUCCAAGCAGCCCAAGGAGAAGAUCCAGGCCAUCAUGGAAUCCUGCGGCCGGCAGUUUCCCGAGUUCCAGGAGCGCUCCCGCAAGCGCAUUCGCACCUACCUCAAAUCUUGUCGCCGCAUGAAGAAAAGUGGCUUUGAGAUCAGACCGACGCCGCCUCACCUGACCUCCGCCAUGGCCGAGAACAUCCUCGCCGCCGCCUGCGAGAGCGAAACCCGAAACGCCGCCAAGAGGAUGCGGCUCGACGUCUACCCGGCGGACGAGCCCGCCAUCGCCGACAAGCCCGGCCCCCGAGACCCCGCACCCGUGGCCCCGUCGGGUUUCGUCAUCUCCAGCGCAGCUUUUGCCCAAGACCAGCUCUACACCAAUGGAGGCCUCAACUACAACCUGCGUGGGUACGGCAACCCGCAGAACGCCGCUGCGGUCCAAACCAACGGUCCAACAGAUCUGAGUAUGAAGUCGGUCGCUCCCAACUCCUCUUCCUCCAGCUCCAACAGCCACGGCCAGGGCGGCGGGGGCGGAGGCGCUUCGGCCCAGCUCAGCCCGCCGGAAGUCACGGCGGUCAGGCAGCUCAUCGCCGGCUACCGGGAGUCGGCCGCCUUCCUGCUCCGCUCGGCCGACGAACUGGAAAACCUGAUCCUGCAGCAGAACUGAGCUCCGGUCCGCGCUCGGCCCGUCUACAAAUGUAAAUAUGUCACGCUGACGUGUAAGUCGCGGGGGGUCUUGGACACAGGCACAAACGAAGAGGAGCGGUUCUGGCAAGCACAGCGGGUCCCGCAGGUCCCGCAGGUCCUGUGAGGUACCUUACUCAUCCGCAUGACUAUUUAUGCAUUUGGUUCCCUCGCUCCGUCUUCUUCUGUGGUCUCCCCGCAAAGUUUCUUUCAGCACCUCAACCCCAUUUGUCUCAGGAAGUGACGACGUGUGGAGAAAACUAAUCCGACUGUACAUCUUGCGCAGUUUUUCCCGACCUUUAUUGAAAUUAAGCACAUAUUGAACAGUACAAAAAAUCUCUCGCCGCACCGCCAAACAAAACCGUCACGCAAAAAAAAAAAAAAAAAAGUGUAUUUACUUGCAAUUAUGAUGAGUUUGUUUGAAUUUACUCACAAAUACAGUAUACUGAGUGCGAAGUCUCAAUCAAGGCUAUCAAUUAUUCAGGUGGUUGCGCUGGUUGACAGUGGAUUAAAAGUUUACACACCCCUGUUCAAACGGCAGGUUUUGAGACCAGGAUGAACAAUUUCACGAGUUUCUCAACAGAAAAUGUUUAAACCUUCUUUUCAGAGUGGGAAGUAAACGCUCCAAUUUCACAUUCAAUAUCACGUUCAGUUGGAGUCAACAUACGAUUUACUUCAGCUGUUCCAGGAGGCUUUUCAUGCCAAAAACCCGAAGGGUUUCGUUCACACCGGCAUCUUUUGGGAAGUGUUCCAAAUUCCGUCCGCUUUGACUAAAAGGCCGAAAGGAAAGAAAAGCGGGCCGAAAGCCCGCUGCCGCCCUCACCGUAUUGCACUGGAGGUCCGGUGUUCUUUUGAGCAGUGCUGUGUUGGCACCAUCCAUCCAUUUUCUUUGCCACUUAUCCUCACGAGGGUCACAGAGAGUGCUGGAGCCCAUCCCAGCUGUCGACGUGCAGGAGGCGGGGUACACCCUGAACUGGUCGCCAGCCAAUCACAGGGCACAUAGAGACAAACAAUCACACCUAGGGGCAAUUUAGUGUCCAAUGAAUGUUGCGUGUUUUUGGGAUGUGGGAGGAAAGCGGAGUGCCCACCCGGAGAAAACCCACCCAGGCACAGGGAGAACACACAAACCCCACGCAGGCGGGUGCGGGAUUGAACCCGGGACCUCAGAACUGUGAGGCCAACGCUUUACCAGCUGCUCCACCGUGCCGCCCGCCAUCGAACAUACCUUUCGGAAUUAUGGUCCAAAAGUUCAGCCUUGCUUUCAUCAGACCGUAACAUUUUU